UUUGUUCUUGAUUGAGUCAAGAUGGCGGCUACUCGUUUUCCUGCUUCUGCUCAAAUGCAGAAAAUGGCGAAUAUGCCACAACAAAGUGGAAUAUUUCCACGCCCUCAGUUUUCACAAACACCUUAUGGAAUGCAGCAGCAUUCCUCUAGUACUCCCAUACGCAUGCAGAGCCCAGCAGGAUCACACUCUUAUGGACCUAAUGUACCAAGGGCGGCAUUAGCUCCUGGUGCUGCAGCCGUUAUAGAACAGGCAAGAAGAAGACAAGAUUUAAAGUCAAGAAGAAGGAAAAAGAAAAUAGCAGAUAAGGUCUUACCACAAAGGGUAAGAGAUCUUGUCCCAGAAUCUCAAGCAUAUAUGGAUCUUUUGGCAUUUGAACRCAAGCUAGAUGCCACCAUAAUGCGCAAGAGAAUGGAUAUUCAAGAAGCACUGAAAAGACCAAUCAAGUCCAAGAAAAAGCUUAGGGUUUACCUUACCACAAAUUUUCACACCCCAAAGCAGGAUGCAGAGGAUGAAGAGUCAUUACUUCCUUCUUGGGAAUUAAGAGUUGAAGGAAGACUCAUUGAAGAUGCCACCAAUAAGGCAGAUGUACAAAGGAAACGUAAAUUUUCAACAUUCUUUAAGAGCCUUGUCAUUGAGCUAGACCGAGAACUAUAUGGUCCUGACAAUCAUCUAGUAGAGUGGCACAGAACGUCAUCUACACAAGAAACAGAUGGUUUCCAGGUCAAAAGACCAGGAGAGGAGAAUGUUAAAUGUACCAUAAUGUUUCUGUUGGAUUACCAGCCUCCUCAGUUCAAGUUAGACCCAAGGCUAGCUCGUUUACUUGGUAUCCAUACACAAACAAGGCCAGUCAUUGUCAAUGCUAUUUGGCAGUACAUUAAGAGUCAUAACCUCCAAGAUGCACAUGAAAGGGAGUACAUCAACAACGACCUCUACUUCGAGCAGAUUUUUGACUGUGAGAGAAUGAAAUUCAGUGAAAUACCACAGAGACUGAAUCAACUUCUCAUGCCUCCAGAUCCUAUCGUUAUUAAUCAUAUCAUCAACAAGGAUAUUCCUGAGAAUAAACGGGUGACAUGUUAUGACAUUGAUGUAGAAGUGGAUGACACAUUGAAGGCCCAAAUGCAGUCAUUCCUCUUGUCUACUGCUAGUCAGAAUGAGAUAGCUACGUAUGAUAACAAGAUAUACGAGACAGUUGAGACAAUCAAUAAUCUGAAGAUCAACCGUGAGUUUUUCCUGGGCUUUGCUCGUGAUACCCAGGGUUUCAUCAACAAAUGGAUUCAGUCUCAGUGUCAAGAUCUUAAGGUUAUGACAGAUGUGGUGGGUAAUCCUGAAGAAGAGAGGAGAGCAGACUUCUACUACUUACCCUGGUCACAAGAAGCUGUCUGUCGCUACUUCUAUAGCAAGGUUCAACAAAAACGCGCAGAGUUAGAGCAAGCCCUUGGCAUGAGGGGUACUUGAACAGCAUCACUUUCUCUGUAACCCACCAGUGACCACUAAACUUGCUUGAGUCAUCUGUCUUUAGCCUGCCUGCAGCCAGAACAAACCCCAGAAAUAACCUGUUUCUUAUCCUCAAAAGACGCUCUCUUAUUUACUGUUUUACCUUUUAUUCGAGUACAAAACUGAAUAAAUCUUAAACAAAUACGAAACAAAUUCUGUAUUGUUACUCUAGUUCAGUUAUAAUUUUAGCUUCGAUAUCAGCACGUCUAGCCUCAUUUCUCCUCGAGAUGAAAAAAUAGUAAAAAGACAGCUUGUUCUAUUAAAUAACACCUACCUAG